AUGAUAGCCCACUUCGACCAGGUCUUCAUAUUCUUUGAUGCCCUUGAUGAGUACGAUGACGGCCCGGGCGGUUUCUCUAAUGAUUUCAAGAAUCUCCUGGAUUUAUCCAAUACCAAUCUUUUUGUGACGUCAAGGCCAUCGUCGACAAGCAGGGAUAUCUUAAGACAAUUUGAAGUGCUAGAAGUACGCACUGAAGACUCCAAGAUCGAAUACUACGUGCGGCAAAGACUAUCUGAUUCGUGGAUUGCAGACGAAUCAGAAAUCCAUUACAAGACUCUCCAGGCAGCGGUCGGUAUACGGAUCGACGGUGACGACUUGAAUUCAUACGACUCAACGGUCAUCAGGGCAGUUGAACAAAUAGUUUAUUCCAACAAGUUGAUGAUAAACACCGACCCAUCACUGCAAACACUGGCUUUUUCGCAUUACUCAUUUAAAGAGGACUUCCAACAAUUACUUCCAACACUAAUUUCUCUUUUACCUGGGCCCGACAAUCCAGACACGUUCAUUGCAAAGAAGUGUCUUACGUUUCUUCGUUGGAAUACGUUCUCUCGCCACCUCCCUACUGAACCAGGUGAACUCGAGGACAGGCUCGCUCGACACCCGAUACUGAGUUAUGCCGCAAGAUACUGGGGAGAGCAUGCAUUUCGAGGUACUUCACAGCAAUUGAUGGAAGACAUCAAAGCCUUGUUCGGUUCCAGCCAUAAUACAAUGUCUACGGGGUUAGCCAUGUCAAUUUAUGAACAUCACCCAAGUCACUACGAACGAGCGUAUCAGGGCAUGUGUGGCUUGCACAUAUCAGCAUACUUUGGCCUUACCGAGGUUGUAGCACAGAUUCUCACUGAAAGUAGUAUUCAUCCCGAUGUCACCACCACUGGAGGGUGGACCGCCUUACACUGGGCUGCGAGGAGAGGGUUGACGCCGAUGGUUUCCACCUUGCUGUCUUACUGCGCUUCGCCAAGUGAGAUAACAAAACUUGAUGGAUGGACAGCGUUACAUCUGGCAGCGAAAGAAGGUCAUGUUGAUGUUGUGCUGGAAUUGAUGAAAGCGGGGGUCGACGUUGAUGCGAAAGAUGUUAACCUGAGGACGCCGUUGUACCUCGCAACGUGGGGAGGACACACUGAUGUGGUUCAUCAUCUGUUGCAAGCAUCCGCCGAUUCCAGUAUUGCAAAUUUGUAUGGCGCUACGGCACUACAUUGUGCAGUAAAACGAGGGCGUGAACUCAUUGUGGAACAGCUCCUAUUAUCCAAGGAUAUCAACAUCAACGCAGUUGACAAGUCUGGAGUCACUGCAUUAGAUGAAGCUAUCAGAAAGCAAAACAAAGCGAUCAUCUGCAUGCUUACUGAGGUCAGGGCAGAGACCAGGUGGAAUACUAAUAUGUUACCAGCUGACAGUAUUGUCAAUGAUCUCAAUUGGGAGGCUUACACAGUCAAUGGCGAGAGAACUGCAAAGGUACAGAAGGGCAUGCAAUGCACAUGUCAUGUUCUGGAAAAAGCUUCUGGGUCUUACUCUUCUACAUCGCCACCGAUGAUAUUUCGCAAGACUUUCUCGCUAUCAGCCGACGCUGAAGGAUUGGUGAAGAAAUAUUUUGAGUCAGAACGUAUGAUUCUACAUCGACUUCGGCACCCCAAUGUUGUGGCAUACCUGGACUUUGACGAGGACCCAGACCAGAAUUCUGUUCUACUUUACAUGGAAUACUGUGACUUGGGAGAUUUAGAGACUUGCCAUGGGCGCCGUCUGUCUACGGCGAGCGAUAGCGGCCAGGAAGGGGAUGACGACAGCGAUGAUGGAGAUGACUAUGGCUUUUACACAGAAGACGCAUCUUCAAGUGAGAAAACGACAGCGUUGGACUCGCAGAGCACUUGGAGUCUGAUUGCCCAAUUAUCCAUGGCUCUUGCCUAUCUUCACUAUGGCUUGACUGUGAAUUUCCGAGACGGUAGCUGGGAAGCCUCUUUUGAAAGCUCAUGGCAUAAUGUCCUCCACCGAGAUAUUAAGCCCGCUAAUGUUGUGGUGCAAGGUUCUGAGUCCGAUUCACGCAUUUUCAAGCUUUGUGACCUUGGCAUCGCUGCUGAGGCUGGGAAGGGUUCUGGGCACAAUACAACGCAGUAUAUUGGUAGCCAAGCAUUUCGGCCUCCGGAGGUCAGUAGCGGUCGCCGUUGGUCGACUAAAGGCGACAUGUGGUCGUUUGGAGCAACGGUCCGUGAGUUGAAAAAGUUGAAAGAUACCACUCUGAGGGCUUCAAUAAAGAAAAUGAUCGACAAAUGCACCGCAAGAAAACCGAACAAUAGGCCUAGUAGCCUGGAAAUGCUCGAAGAGGCUCGUGCCCUGUUAGAGGCUAACCAACUUAUGGAUUACUUACCUCUUUCAUCAAGGCUUCAAAUACAGACAAUUCACAACCUUCUAGGUGGCCGUGAUGGAGGUUAUCUUAUGCAAGCGUUCAACUUGGUGGCCGAGCUCUUGGAUGACAUUGUGCCUUUCCAUAACAAGUUGGCCAAGGAUCGUCGCAAAGAAACUAUCGAACGACUCUACGUCCUUUGGAAUGAUGGUGUUGAACGUUGUUUCCAAGACCAUCUGAACGAGUUUUCACUCCACAUUCUAGUAUUGCUGCCCUUGACGCCCAAUGUACGGGCAAAACAUAUCCCCAACGUCAUCAAGUCGGCGUCCUUGAACAAUCGUUGGCAACGAUCGCGGUGGACACCAUUGCACCUUGCAGUUCAGGAGGGAAACGAAGAGAUGAUUAAAGAUUUGCUGCGUAAUGGAGCCGACAGGAGGAAGGAAGACAUACACGGCUGUACGCCAGGAUUUUAUUCAAAGGGCCUCCCAUCUAUCGCAGCAUUACUUCAAUGA